AUGGGUAGUAGUCGUCGUCAAAAGGCCCUAUCCAAGUCUAUCCAACUCGCCCUAUUCCGCGACCCAGCCACCUUUCGGAAGACCCUCAUAGGGCGCAUCCUAGCCUUCUUCAGCAUCUUCUACAUCAAGCUUUUCCGAUAUGGGAGCCAUCUGUUUCGAAAGCUGCGCAGCGAGACGUGGGAGAUUGACGAGAACGAGUACAAGGCGAGCUUCCGAGAUGAGAAGAAGACUGUCCCAUUGAAACCAAUGGGCGAUCUUGGGAUGUCAGGAUCGACCUUCUUUCAGACCUCCAAUGGCAAGUUUCUCGUCAAGAGCCUCCCCCGUCACUCUGAACAUUCCUUCUUCCGUGAGGAUUUGCUCGAGCCAUACUACGAAUAUAUGAGUGCCCAUCGCGAUUCUUUAUUGGUAUGGAUUACAGACUAUGUAUAUGCACCAUAUCAGACGGUCGGGAGCCUGAUAGGGUCCACGCCAGCCCAUCACAUCAUCAUGGAUAAUAUUCUGUACGGGAAGACCGAGGACCCAAACGCCGAUCAAUGGGAGAAAUACGAUCUUAAGCCCAUUGACUAUUUCUAUCCAGAGCGGGACUUGGUGCCCGAACCAUUGGUCAGCGAAGACACAUUGCGGAAGCUUGCUGAUCAAUUUGACGACAAGAUCCGGCUGUCGCAAGAACAAUACGAGUCCCUGAAGCAAGUCUUGAAAGCUGACACGGACUUUCUCCGCUCGUCCAAUGCAGUUGAUUACUCUCUUUUCCUCAUACGGUUUCCAGCCUCCUCGCAGCCCGAGGUUGUUGGUAGGCAUGCUCCGUGGCGCAUCGGCGUAGAGUCUGCGGAUGGCAAAUGGAAGUAUCGUGCCGUGUUGUUGGAUUUCUUCUGGGCAAGACACAAAUUGCACGCCCAGGCCAUGACGGGGGUAAUUCAGACAUUCAAUGUCAUUGGUCGCCAGGGGCCAAUGACAAUUACGACGACGGCCGACGAAUACCAACAGAAGUUUCUGGCUAUGGUGGAUUCGAUGGUGGAAGUACAGCAGUCUUGA